UCGUCAAGACGUUUGGAAUUGUGUGACCAAGGAUAGAGUCGUCCUAGACUCAGGUGUUCUCCUGCUCCCAUUGUCCUCUCCUUCACCGCCCAUAUCUACCUCCACAAGCACAUCAAGAGGUGCCACCAUGACCUGUGCGUCUCUCUGCUGAGGAGUGUAGAAAUCAGACCAGAGACUCUGUCCUCCUCUCGACCACGCCCCAACACCACUUCCUCCCUCCCCCCGGUCCCCACCCAGGGAAGCAUGGACACAGAAAAGGCCAGACAUCACCACUGUGACCAGUGUGGGAAGAGCUUCAGUCAUUCAGGAAACUUACAGAGACACCAGCGUGUUCACUCAGGAGCGAAGCCGUACCACUGUGAUCAGUGUGGGAAGAACUUCCGACAUUCAGGACACUUAAAGACACACCAGCGUGUUCACUCAGGAGAGAAGCCGUACCACUGUGACCAGUGUGGAAAGAGCUUUAGUCGGUCAGGAGACUUAGUGAUACACCAGCGUGUUCACUCAGGAGAGAAGCUGUACCACUGUGACCUGUGUGGGAAGAGCUUCAUUCAUUCAGGAAACUUAGAGAGGCACCAGCGUGUUCACUCAGGACAGAAGCCGUUCCACUGUGACCAGUGUGGGAAGAGCUUCAGUCGGUCGGGAAACUUAGAGAGACACCAGCGUGUUCACUCAGGAGAGAAGCCGUACCACUGUGACCAGUGUGGGAAGAGCUUUAGUCGGUCAGGAGACUUAGUGAUACACCAGCGUGUUCACUCAGGAGAGAAGCUGUACCACUGUGACCUGUGUGGGAAGAGCUUCAUUCAUUCAGGAAACUUAGAGAGGCACCAGCGUGUUCACUCAGGACAGAAGCCGUUCCACUGUGGCCAGUGUGGGAAGAGCUUCAGUCAUUCAGACAACUUAGAGAGACACCAGCGUGUUCACUCAGGAGAGAAGCCGUACCACUGUGACCAGUGUGGGAAGAGCUUCAGUCAGUCAGGACAUUUAAAGAGACACUUUUGUUCUGGGAAGACUAGAGAUCCUGAUCUCACUUAAGAAUUAAACAUUUAUGAACAUAGGAAAUGUGUGUAUUUGUAUUCAUUAUUGAAAGUAGAAUUGUACAUAAGAUAUUUGAUUUUACACUGAAAAUGUAUAUUGUGUAUAUAAAUAUCAACAUAAAAUACAGUCUAUGUACGAUUGUUUCAUUGUUUAUUAUAUAAUUGUAUUACAAUAAUUCAUUUUGUAUGACUUGAUAUAUAUUUUACUUUUAAACAAACUGAAAUAACAUGCAAUGU